AUGGUAUUUGGGAGAAAAUUUCCCAAAGUCCUCUGCAUUGGGCUGACUCUGGUCAUUGUCAAUCUCCUUCUGGCACUUUAUGCUAAAGGGGCUUUCCAGAACUUGAUUCUGCGUGAUCUCCGCAGGGAGCUCCAGUUGUCUCUGCCUGAGCCAGAUGGGGCAAUGAUUAAGAGACUCUCCAGCUUGGAGGUGGAAUUGCAGCAUCUGAAAGAAAGUAUAAAAUUGGCUCUGAAGCAACAAGAACACGUGAACAGCACAGUACAGAGGGCAACAGAUAUUCAAAAAGCAGUGAAAUCCAAGUCGAGCGAACCAAGGAAGCACACAGCCCGCGUGAAGCUCUUCCCACACUCAGGGCUCUUCAAGCAGUGGGGUGAUGACCUUUCCGAGACCCAGCAGAGAAAGGCCCAGGACCUCUUCCAGGAGUUUGGUUACAAUGUGUACCUCAGCAACCAGUUGCCCCUCAAUCGCACCCUCCCCGACACACGAGAUCCCAGGUGUCUUCAGAAGACAUAUUCUUCACAACUGCCUUCCCUUAGUGUCAUUCUCAUAUUCGUGAAUGAAGCUCUGUCCGUUAUAGAACGGGCCAUCACCAGUAUCAUCAACCGGACCCCCUCUCCAUUGUUGAAGGAGAUCAUCUUGGUGGAUGAUUUCAGCUCAAAUGGAGAACUAAAGGUAUACUUGGAUGAGAAGAUUAAGGUUUACAACCAGAAGUAUCCAGGACUACUGAAAAUAAUACGGCAUACUGAGAGGAAAGGCCUUGCUCAAGCCCGCAACACUGGCUGGGAAGCUGCCACAGCUGAUGUGGUCGCCAUAUUGGAUGCUCAUAUUGAAGUGACCAUUGGCUGGGCAGAGCCCAUCUUGGCUCGGAUUCAGGAAGACCGCACUGUGAUUGUGUCACCCGUGUUUGAAAAGAUUCAUUUUGACACCUUUAAGCUAGAAAGGUAUGGAGUAGCAGUUGAUGGAUUUAACUGGCAACUGUGGUGCCGCUAUGACACAGUUCCACAAGACUGGAUUGACCUGCAUGAUGUCACUGCUCCUAUAAAGAGUCCUUCCAUAAUGGGCAUCCUGGCUGCCAACAGGCUCUUCCUGGGAGAGAUUGGGUCUCUGGAUGGCGGGAUGCUGGUCUACGGAGGAGAGAACGUGGAGCUUAGUCUACGGGUGUGGCAGUGUGGAGGGAAGAUUGAAAUCUUACCCUGCUCUCGGAUAGCUCACCUAGAGAGACAUCACAAGCCCUACGCCUUGGAUCUGACCCCUGCCUUGAAGCGUAAUGCUCUUCGAGUGGCUGAAGUCUGGAUGGAUGAGUACAAACACAUGGUCUACUUGGCCUGGAACAUACCUCUCCAGAACUCUGGAAUCGAUUAUGGAGACAUUUCUUCCAGAAUGGCCCUCCGGGAGAAGCUGAAAUGUAAAACUUUUGACUGGUACCUGAAAAAUGUUUAUCCACUCCUGACACCAAUCCGCAGCAUCGUGGGCUAUGGGACAAUGAAAAACUCAUUGGAUAAAAAUGUCUGCCUUGAUAUGGGACCUGUUCCAGGCAACACCCCCAUCAUGUAUAACUGUCAUGCGUUCAGUCCACAGCAGGUCUACUAUCUCCUGACUGGGGAGCUCUACAUGGGACCGCUGAUUGCAGAGGCAAACGCUGACGAUCGCUGCCUGACAGACCCUGGCAGCGGGGAGGAGCCCUCUCUAGAGCCUUGUUCCAAGGCAGUGAAAAAGGGACUGCACAUAUACUGGGAUUUUAAACCGGGAAGGGCUUUCAUAAACAGGGCCACCAAACGGUGUCUGGAGAUCAAGAAGACCUCUGCUGGCAGCUAUGAGCCCGUGCUCCAGACCUGCACCACGCAAGUGUGGGAAAUACAGCACACCGUGGGGAACUGGGGCCAGACUGAUCGCCAGUGA